AGCUCUAAUUCAAACCUUGUCUUUAUCUCUUGUGGACUGAUGCAAGCUGUAGUUAUAGUCGUUCGAUUCAAUGAGUGGUUGGGAUUAGACUCUGAAACACAAUCCAUAUUUUGCUUGUCCAAAUUUCAUUGCCUGAGCCCUUGAAACCGGUUGUGAUCUGAGAAUUAUGGUGAAGGACACUGCCUACUAUGAAGUAUUGGGUGUCAAUGUCGACGCCUCUCAUGCUGAGAUAAAAAAGGCUUACUAUCUCAAGGCAAGGCGUGUUCACCCUGAUAAAAAUCCUGGAGAUCCAAAGGCUGCCGACAAUUUCCAGGCACUUGGCGAGGCUUAUCAGGUUCUAAGUGAUCCAGAGAAGCGUGAAGCAUAUGACAAGCAUGGAAAGGCAGGCAUACAACAGGAUUCCAUGGUAGACCCUGCAGCUGUGUUUGGAAUGCUUUUUGGAAGCGAAUUCUUUGAAGAUUAUGUAGGUCAACUUUCUUUGGCUUCUUUGUCAUCUGUUGAAAUUGAAGAAGAGACACAGGACCCUGAAGUCCGUAGGCAGAAAGUCACGGAGAAAAUGAGGGCCUUGCAGAAGGAAAGGGAAGCAAAGCUCAUAACUAUUCUGAAAGAUCGCCUUCAACCAUUUGUUGAUGGUUGUACAGAUGAUUUUGUAAAAUGGGCAAAUUCAGAAGCACGACGCCUCUCAUCAGCUGCCUUCGGUGAGGCUAUGCUGCAUACGAUUGGUUAUAUUUACACGAGGAAAGCUGCAAGAGAAAUUGGAAAGGACAAACGAUACAUGAAGGUACCAUUUUUAGCAGAAUGGGUGCGAGAUAAAGGACAUCAGAUAAAGUCACAGGUAGCAGCAGCUUCAGGUGCUGUAGCUUUAAUUCAACUACAGGAAGAUCUAAAGAAGUUGAACCAAGUUGAAAACAAGGAAGAGACCUUAAUAAAAGCCAUUGAAGAUAAGAAGGAUCUAGUGCUUAAUUCCCUAUGGCAGAUUAACGUCGUUGAUAUUGAGUCAACCUUGUCACAUGUCUGCCAAGCAGUACUUAAAGACCCCACUGUGUCCAGGGAUGUUUUGAGGGUUCGGGCUCAAGCAUUGAAAAAGUUAGGAACAAUCUUCCAAGGUGCAAAAGCUGCUUACAGUAGAGAGAACAGUCUCCGCCAUGAAAAUGACACCAAAAUAGAUUCUGCUUCAUCACCGUAAUUGCUUCUUAUAUACAAAAAGCAAUUCCAUCGUCACUGUGAUGUAAGUGGGCAUAUUUAAGGUGAUGGGGUUUUAUAGCAUCGUAGCCAUCAGUUGAACUUUGAAGAGCAUGUUUCCGCUUAAUUUGGUUAGUUUAGUCUGGCACCCUUGACUUGAUUCCCUUUGCUUGUUUCUGUUGUAUUUAGUUGUACUUAUUUUGUAUGUACAUGAAUGAGCUACAUAAAUAACAAAUAGUGUUUUCAAGGCUGGAAA